UUGAUGUUCUUAGUUGUGUCAUUUGUCCAAGUGGUUUUCAGGUCGUGGAGCAACUUGUCAGUGACAGGAAGCAAACCGGCAAAUUCUGUGUUUGUUGUGAGUUUUUCUAAAGAAAACAGAAGAAGACUGUGUGUCUGUGUUGGUCCAGUCUCAGUUUCUCUAAAAAUGCUGCAGUUGCUUCUUUUACUGCUGUUGUCAUCCACAGCUGACAGCCAGAGUCAGCGAGUGUCGGGCUACAAGAAGGCAAAUGCAUGUGUGUGCCAGCUAAACUCCACCAUGUGGGUGUUCCCUGCUCAGAAGUUUAAGUACGUGUUGGAGGAAGUUCACACCUGUGAAGAAUCUCUGAAUAACCUACAAGAAGAGCUGUCGUUCUCCAGCCAACGUCUUCCUCUGAUCCAAGAUCAGUUUACUAACUUUACGGCCCGGCUGGAGCCCUACGACUACCUGCACUCCCAGGGCCUGUAUACAGAACUGUCCCUGCGCCAGCUGGGCCAGGAGCUCAGCCAGUUACAGGUGGACAUCGAUGUGGUCCACAGCCAGCUUAACAACUCCCACACACAGAAACUCUCCAAAGAGGCUGAUAGACUACAUAAACAUGUAAACAAGAUGCAAACAAUAGACACGCUUAACAUGAAGACUGUGAAGGAGAAACUGCGCUACCUAAAGAAUAAUGUGGAGACCUGCAAGUCAAUCCCCAAAGACUUCAGAGUUCAAGACAAGCACUGCGUCAGAGGUCUGAUCACCAACAUCAGUGACCCUAUCACUACUAAAGUCAGUCCUCAUGGUAAAAGCUAUGUCUCUGGUUCGUGGGGAAAACAAGCCCAGAAAGAGAGCGAGGGGCAGAAGAACAGUUACUGGGUUCAACCUCUGCUCAGCAGCCACAUCUGGGGCAACACUGUGCGCCUUUACCAAACCUACGAAGACUUCAUGGCCUCAACAAACCACAGAGAAUUUACCUUUGCUUCAUCUUACAGUGAUCCCAGCACAAAUGAAGGUCCGAACGCCGUCCUGUACGGUGAGGCUCUGUAUUAUCACUGCUACCGCUCUGCAGACGUGUGCCGGUACGACCUGGAGGCCAACGAGGUCAAACGGGUGACUCUUCCAGGCACCGGUGUGGGUUUCAACAACAAGUUCCCCUAUUGUUACUACGAUUGCCGGCUCAAUAGUGAUGUUGAUGUAGAGGCAGAUGAAACAGGACUGUGGGCUCUCUAUGCCACUCUAGGUAACCAUGGUAACCUUGUGAUCAGCCGAUUAGUUUGGGACAGCGAGGUGAAGAGUCUCAACGUGACACAGACGUGGGAAACGAGGCUGUUCAAGAAGGCAGCGAGCAACGCCUUCAUGGUGUGCGGUGUGAUGUACGCGACUCGUUACGUUAAUGAGUACCGGGAGGAAGUGUUCUACGCCUUCGACACAGCCACAGGCAAAGAAGACAACUCACUAGCAAUACCACUGGAGAAGGUAGCUAAAGGAGUGGCUAGUCUGAGCUACAAUCCCACCAACAAGCAGAUCUACAUGUACAACGAUGGUUACUUGCUGGCCUACCAGGCCCACUUUAGAUCUGAGGCUUUGUAGCUUUUUAUUGUCACAUGACCAAGCCAAAAAAAAAAAAAAGAGCAAUGGCUGUUCUGUGCAACAUCAAUCUUAGCAGGUCUUGCAAAUACUGAAGAUAUAUCAUGUAUGUUGCAUUUAUUUUGCAAGAAAAAAAGCAAUGUUUUAAAAAGUACAGUUUAAGGACUAUUUUUGCAACAUUGUUGUUAGCUAGCAAGCAAUACAAACACCACAGAUAUGUCAUGUAUGCUGUACAGUAACUAUUUUGGGGUUACAACUCCUAAUGUUACUAUUACCACUGUAGGGAUGGGUGUAAAAUUUAUUUUAGUUUGAAUAAUGUGAUAUUGAUUCAUUACACCAUGAAUCGAUUUUUAAAUAAAAAUGUAUUUUGCCCGAAACGCCAGAAUCUCAGGUUAAAGCUCACAAAACUAUUUCAAUCAUCAAACAGCUAAUGAGAGCUGGUAAACGAAUUUUGCAAAAAGAUACACAAAGCAUGGACCCCCCCCCAUUCACCCCGUCGGGUGCUGAAAGGCGACACCUCACAGAUUCUGAAGCUGCAGGUUUCAUCACUCUCCGACCAAAAUUCACUGAACCAGCAGCAAAAGAAGAUCAAGACUACGCUUCACGUUUGAAAAAGAUUGUCAUGAAUUCCAUCUUACUUUUGCUUUUUUUGCUUCCACCAUGAUAAAAAUCACACUUCAUGCACAGCUCUUUUUCUCUCUGAAUGUACUUCAAGACUAGUUUACCAUCUGAAAAUUUCUGUUUUUUGCAUUAUUCGCUUGCUUAUUACGCACCAGUCUACCAUUGUGUAAAGUGCUGCUGCCCUGUACUUUUUUCUCCAAAAAUGACUUCCAAAAAGAAGGCCUAAUUUCUGCUGUUCAAUACCAAAGACAUUUAAACUUUAAAAAUUAUGCGAAAUUACAAAAUGCUUAGCAGUGUCUCUAAUAAAACCUGCUUAACUUUGUUCUGCUUCACCUCAGCAGCAUCAGGUAACGUUUGUAUGCUGAUUCAUGGUUUUCUUCAGUUUUUGAUGUACUGCAAAAAUUUUUAAGGUGUUUAUCUGCUAUAAAAAGCCAA